CCCGGCCCGCUCCGCCUCCCGGGGGCGGCCGCCGACCCCUCCUGCCUCGGCCAGCGGAGGGGGCUGGAGGCGGCCGGGCAGGGGGACGGUGCCCCGGCCAUGCCGGCGGCGGGUGCCCGGUGCGCGGGGCUGCGGCGGAGGCUGCCCGUCCUGCGCUGGCUGCCGCGCUACUCUCUGGCCUGGCUGCAGCUCGACCUGAUGGCCGGCCUGACCGUGGGGCUCACCGUGGUGCCGCAGGCGCUGGCGUACGCCGAGGUGGCCGGGCUGCCUCUGCAGUACGGCCUCUAUUCUUCCUUCAUGGGCUGCUUUGUCUACUGCUUCCUGGGCACCGCCAAGGACGUGACGCUGGGUCCUACAGCCAUCAUGUCGCUGCUUGUCUCGUCUUACGCAUUCCAUGAGCCCGUCUAUGCCAUCCUGCUCACCUUCCUCUCUGGCUGCGUCCAGCUGGCCAUGGGGCUCCUGCACCUCGGUUUCCUUCUGGACUUCAUUUCCUGCCCCGUCAUUAAAGGGUUUACAUCGGCUGCUUCCAUCACCAUUAGCUUCAACCAGGUCAAGAACAUCCUGGGGCUGCAAGGGAUCCCUCGGCAGUUUUUCCUGCAGGUGUACGAGACACUGCGGAGGAUCGGGGAGACCAGGGCUGGGGACGCCGUGCUGGGGCUGGCCUGCCUGGCCGUGCUGGCAGGGCUCCGGGCCAUGAAGAGCCACCUGCCCCGAGCUGCCUGUAUGGAGUCGCUGGUUGCCAGGCUCAGCUACCUGAUCGUCUGGACCUCCGCCACGGGCUUGGAAGACCUCGGCAGCCUGGGUACCCACCUCCUGCCAUCCCUCCUGCCACCCUGGGGGGGCAGGUUUAUCACGGUUGCUCUCUCCACCACAGCACGCAACGCCCUUGUAGUCCUGUUCGCUGGCCUGGUCGCUUACUCCUUCCAGGUGAUGGGCUCCCAGCCGCUCACGCUCACCGGCAGCAUCCCCCAGGGCCUCCCUGCCUUCCAGCUGCCGCGCUUCUCCAUGGCUGUUCCCAAUGGCACCAUCCCCUUCAGGAGCAUGGUGGAGGACAUGGGGGUCGGUCUGGCUGUGGUCCCGCUCAUGGGCCUGCUAGAGACCGUGGCAAUUGCCAAGGCUUUCGCCUCGCAGAACGAUUACCGGAUUGACCCCAACCAGGAGCUGCUGGCGCUGGGCUUCGCCAACGUCCUGGGUUCCUUCGUCUCAUCGUACCCCAUCACGGGCAGCUUUGGCCGGACAGCGGUGAACGCGCAAUCGGGUGUCUGCACCCCUGCAGGAGGGCUUGUCACAGGCGCCCUGGUCCUGCUCUCGCUGGCGUACCUCACCUCGCUCUUCUACUACAUCCCCAAAGCGGCGCUGGCCGCCGUCAUCAUCUCGGCUGUGGUCCCCAUGUUUGACGCUGGGAUCUUCAGGACGCUCUGGAGGGUUAAAAGGCUGGACCUUGUGCCCCUCUGUGUGACCUUCCUGCUCUGCUUCUGGGAGGUCCAGUACGGCAUCGUGGCCGGGGUGCUGGUCUCAGGGAUUCUCCUCCUCUACUCCAUUGCCAGGCCCCCUAUAAAGGUGUCCGAGGGGGACGUGCUCCUCGUGCAGCUGGGGAGCAGCCUGCACUUCCCAGCCAUGGAGUGCCUCCGGGAUGCCGUCUGCAGCCACGCCCUGGCAGCAGCAUCUCCACCCCGCUCCGUCGUCCUGGACUGUUGCCACAUCAGCAGCAUCGAUUACACGGUGGUGGUGGGGCUGGCAGAGCUGCGGCAGGAGCUGCGCAAGCACGGCCUCUCGCUGGCCUUCUGCAGCCUGCAGGACCCUGUUCUCAAAGUCCUGCUGUCUGCAGACUUAGAGGGAUUCCAGCAUUUCCCCAGCCGGGAGGAGGCAGAGCGGUGCGGAGGAGCAGAGGCGGGGGGCGGCGGGACAGCCCCCUUCACCAGCACCAGCGAGAGCUUGCUGCUGCCCACGGGGCUCAUCCAGUGAGUGGAGGAGCCGCCUGGGACCUCCUCGGGGGCAGCGUGGCCUUGCCGGCUUCUCGCCUCCAACUGCGCCAUGGCUGUACGUCCUGUGCUGCGCAGAGCGGUGGCUGCGACACCCCGGUGACAUCCGACCAACACCCUCCACGGGAGCCGCCUGCCCCUGUCCUGCCUCCUGGGCGGCUGGUGGACGGUCCCUGCGUCCCACGCAGGAGAGGGCAGAGCGAGGACAGGGACACAUGGCCCAUGGAAGGGAUUAGUGGGGCAAAACUGUUCCCUAACCCGAUGUUAUGGUUGGAGGAACCCAUAACCAUUUAUUGCCGCUUAGACAAUUAUUCUGUCACCUGAUGACCCCUCCCUACCCGGAAAAGGGAAUCAGGAGAAAACAAAGAAACACAGGGAUUGAAAUAGAAACAGAUUUAAUAGGAUAAGAUGAAAUAAUUAACAUUAAUAAUACCAAAGAGCCAGUAUUGAUCCCGAUACCAAUAUAAGAUAUACCCAGCCCAUUCCAUCCCAGGAAGCCGGGCACUCCCCGCAGGGACAGCCAAUGUGGGACCCUGCGAGCGCUGCGUCUGCGGGAGGAAGGGAAGGGCUCAGGGCUCCGGCACCGGGGCAAGGAGUUCUCAGGAUGGCAGCCAGCAAGGGAGAGAAAAAACUCCGCAGCAAACUUUGAUUUACAUUGACUGUGCUAUUCAUGGUAUGAAAUCAUCCUGUUGGCAGCUUGCGUCAAGUGCCUGGGUCUCACUCCUCAUCCCUGCACCUGGAGAGCUCGAAAACACCGAGACCUUGAAACCCACAUACCAUCACUGGCUAUAAAGUAAAUAUUUUCACGAAUUCAGACACUCCAGUCUUCUAAAAGUGCAGUUUUCCCUAGCAUUAGAAGAGACCUUACUGAAAAGUAAAAUUACUGAAAGAGAAACUAAUCCUGUGUGCUUUGAACAAGGAUGCAUGGUCAUCAGGAAAAAGCCAUCCCUCCUCCAGGCCUUCCCCAGCCUUGAAGCUGCUGUCUUUUUUAAAUCAGCUUUUUUAAUUCUGGAGACUUUUUUUAUUCUGGGGCAUACUGAACCCUGACAUAGAGCGUACUCCUGUCAAAGUGAGUUUUGAGGGUGCUGGCGCUGGUGAUUUUAUUCCUUACUGAUCCCUCUUGGUUUGUGGGGUUUUCUGCCAAACGCUGCCAUCAGCACUGAGGGGACAGGCACUGUGACACCAGCUUGUGUUUACCUUGCUGUGAAAUGGGUGCAGGAUGCGAUAGUGCGGUUGGGCAGCAGGGCUGGGAAGGGCAGGGUUCAGGAGAAAGCAGUUUUCAGCAGUUUUCAGAAAGGCUGAACCCCAUAAAGAGGGUAUAAUAAAGCGGUAUUUGCAAAUGA